AUGAUUUCUCUUGUCCCUUCUCCAGAGUCAUCAUUUAUUGUUCUAAAAGGUCUUCGGAGAUGGAGGAGCCUUGCGUUGAAAGAUUUGAAAGAUUUUUACUUCUUAUUUAAUCAAUUCCCAAUGGAUUGGCAUCGGAAAUGUAUAUUGCCUUUUCCCAUAUAUGCGGUUGUAAUGUGCGGCCAUUUCAUGAUACUAUUCACUUACUCAGAUUUCGCUCAAAACCUGUAG